AGCAAAUUUCAUUAAGAAAAAACACAUUCUUUGAUAGGUCGAGGCUAUCGAUGGUGAAGCUCAUUGCAUUUUCUUACUUUUGGUUGAAGAAUGUGACACAAGAUUUUAUAAUUGAGGAGUUAAGUAUUACAAGACCGACCGCAGUUGAUUGGUGUAAUUUUUGCCGUGAGGUAGUGUAUGACGGCAUGGUUGUAAAGGGGCGGAAAAUUGGAGGUGUCGGGUCUAUUGUUGAGAUAGACGAAAGCAAAUUCGGACGCCGGAAGUAUCAUCGUGGACACGCUGUUGAAGGGCAAUGGGUUUUUGGUGGAGUGGAGCGUGGUACCAAUAAGUGUUUUCUUGUUCCCGUUGAAAAGCGGGAUAAGGAAACUUUAUUGGCAGUUAUAAAGAAUUGGAUUCUUCCUAACACGACCAUAGUUUCCGAUUUUUGGAAGGCGUAUGACUGCCUAAGUGUGAAGGGUACGUUCACUUUAAAGUUAACCAUUCGGUUAAUUUUAAAGACCCAGAAACGCAACAACACACAAAUACAAUUGAGGGACUUUGGCGGCAUGUCAAAUAUUCAAUGCCGCAGUACCAUCGAAACAAAAAGUUUUUUAGUGGAUAUUUGGCAAAAUUUAUGUUUGUGAGGCAUUGCAAACAUGCAGGUUUGGAUCCGCUGAGCAAUUUUUUUAAACUGGCUGGUGCAUUAUACAAUCCACUGAAUCCAUACAUGCCGGAAGAAGCAGAGGAUUUUGAAAUUGAGGUUAUGGAAGAAGAGUAGGUGUAGCUUUUAAUGAUUUCUGUAAGCCCUUUUAAGAAUAAAUUAAUAAUUUAUAGGAGGAAGUCGAAUAUUUU